AUGGUUGGCUGUUGCACAGGGAGACUGGAGACGCUUGGAAGUCUGCCCCUGAUUCUGUCAGACGACGAUUCUUCAGAUGAAGAAAUAAAGCCGCUGCGUUUCGGAUGCACCGAUCAGAACAGCAAUGUUCAAAACAGUCAGGAAAUGGCCAGUCUGUCAGACGAGUUGUCGUCCGGACAAGCGAAAUCUCCUUUAUGCAACACUGGAGGACAUGAUUUAUUGGACAUCUUGAGAGAGCAUAGGACUCUGAAGCAAGAUUACCUUGAAAGCAAGUUAGAGAACGAACUGUUCCCUCCGGUUCCGUCUUCAUUUGUCCGCAGUUCUUAUCCACCGCCAGAACUGAAGGCUGAAACCCUUCUGGAUCGUGAUCAUAACGAAGUUUUGGCGAAGUUGAAUUUCGCCCUUCAGCUGGUCGAAAUCUUGGUCAAUCUUGCGAACAUCCGAGCCAGCCCCCUCAGCGCCAUAUUGCAUUCGCGAAAGCUGUCCAACCUUGAUCGAGAGGUGACCGUAAAUGAGUCGUACCGACGGGUGGAACAGAUUGUGAUAUUCGUCCGUGCACUGCAUAUGCUGGCCUCUUCUUUGCAACUCGCUCAGCAAGAAAUCGCGGCCAAACGUUUGUGUCUGUCUCCAGCCGUUAAGCAAGUGCUGAACCGAUUGAACGAGCGGUAUCACACCUGUCUAAUGAAAUCUCAAGAAUUGGUCAGCCUGGGAUUACCCGGUUCCAGUGCUGAGUUGCCCCUGGUCUGUGCGGAGAAGUUGAUGUACAACUAUGCACUGGAACUGUGCCAAACGGCGGCGCUGGACGAACUUUUUGGUAAUCCUCACUUGGUACGGCUGUUUUCUUGCCUUUUGUGCGUUUUUUACUGUCUGUUAUGUCAACGUUGUUUUUUGUAGUG